AUGCAUCCGGCACUGCGCACACAGAAGGCUGCGCUGUCGGACGCCCUGUUCUGCGCGGAUGGGGAACGCCUCUUCUGCCGCCUCGUGGCACAGGUGAUGGACCUAGCGCCGGAGAUGGCAUUGAAGGUGGUGCGAAACAUCCUGAACACAGAGCGUGGUCGAUGUUUGUUUAUCAUCAAGAACUCCUUGAUCCAUCAAGCACGCCUUGAGUUGGAAGCGUCACAGCGUGUGAUCCAUAUUCUGGAACAGGAUAUCAACCGAGAAUUUCGUUGGCAUUUGACUGUGAUGUCACUUGGAAAGGCCAAGUGGAUGGAUGGUUUGCGGUUGGCCUUUUUUCGCAUCGUUGGGGUACACCCUGCGCCGGGAGAGGUGUGCCAUGGUCAGGAGCCAGAUGAAGUGCAAAGACAACUGGCAGAAGGAGGGCCAUUGUUCCCCUUGUCUGGCAAACCGCCCAGUGACACUUCGGGCACUUCCAGUGUCUUGGCUCCUCUGAAGAGGACGACCUACCGGGGUGAAACACCGCGGUUCCGGAGACCGCGGUUACCAGAGCAGAAGAGCCACAUCCAGAAGUUCAAGAAGAAUCCCGACAUCAACGAGAAGAUGAAGGAGAUGCAUCAUCGACCUUUCCCAAGAGGUGGAGCCCAGCAGUCCCACCAGUCCUUCACGAGUGAAAAGCCGCCGGGCCGGGAUGCGCGGCUUCGUGGCCUUCUCCUCGUCCAUCGCACGUUCCGCGGCGCGACGGCCCACGGCGGUCCUAGGAGAAGGAGAGGUGGAAGAAGCGCCGCUGCUGCAGAUCCGUUCUGCAGAGAACAACGUGCUUCAAAUGCCCGUGUGCGAACCUGGGCAAAGGGUGCAGGCGCCGUGAUUUUUGGAGUCUCCAAGCCCGACGAUGCACGGCCGGGCUCGGCCGCGCGCAAGCGAGGCAGCAAAAGUGUUGGACGAACGCAAUACUUGGCACCGGCCAACAUGGCCGAACGUUUGCGCGAGGCGCAGCUCGCAGCAGAUGCGCAAGGUGCAAGGCACGGAAGCCAGGUCGCGUCCGAAAAGGGCAACCCGACCACCGUGUUUACCAACUCCCUGGCGUCGUCAAUGCUGAAAACCAUGUUGAAGAAGAACGCCCCAGCACCAGCAGUUAAGGUGAAGACCAGCAUGAGUUUGGUCGGAGACUACGCAUGGGAUAAGGUUGUGAAGAAGUUCGAGUCCAACUUGGCCAAACACAACUUCACCCCUGAUCUGGCUGCAGGACAAUGGAAGAGUCACUUCGCCUGGGAUUUGCUGCACGAUGAUCCCUUGUCAGGUCGUUUGCCGGAUCGUCCUCUGACUGCUCCGCCGCUUCAAGUGAAGCAUCAGCCGCCGCACCAACGUCGCAGCAUCUGGUCCACCGCCGUGGCAAGGCACACGGUGGCCGCCUGUGAAGCGUCAACCACUGCGGCUGAGGGCGAGCAAGAUGAAAACAAACCCACCUCGGCGCCCAUGCUCUUUGCCCUGGCGAAGUUUAUGUCAAGGAUGCGGAACAAGAAACCCAGUCAAGUGGACAACUUCUUCUACGUCAACGCGGUGAAGGAAAAGUGGCAACAGAGGUCCUCUCGCCUGAAGCUCUUGACUGAGGAUAUGGAAAAGGAAUACCGACAUGUGCGGCAGAAGCUGAUCGAAGAGAAAGGCAUUUGGCUGCAGAAAUCACGAAAGAAGGUCGAACAGAUGCAACUCCAUUUGGAGGAAGAUCUGGAUCCGACGGGAGGAUUUGAUCGUCAGAAACGAAAUUUGCGCGAGCGCGGCGCGCUUCAGCAAGAGCAGCGGGGAUUCGACUCCUUGUCUUUUGUGAGGUGGAAAGUCGACAAGCAGCUGAAGCAAGCGAUGCAGGAAGCGGAGCGCGGCAGCCGCGUGGGCCCGGUGACGCGGGAGCGCACCGCUGGUCCGCCGCCCCACGAACCCGUGUGGAUCGCUGGGGAUAAGAGGUACAACAGCAACUUGGAAGCUUCGAAGCAGAGAAUCGCCGCCCUCCGUGCCAAGAAGUCCAAGGAUCCCCGCUUCGUGAAGCAAGGCCGUGGCCGUGCCUGGCGCGUGGCACUGAACGUCUUCGAAUAUCUGGACGAAAAGAUUGCGCACCCCGAGGAUUUCGCUGAGGACAGCGAAAGCGAAACUGACAGCCAAAGUCCAAACUCGCGAUCUCAAUCGAUCACGCGCUUCACGCCGGAACCGGGACACUUCCGCCGCUCCCGGCGGCGGCGCUCGGGCGGCGCCUCUAAGCAGGGCCGUGAGCUUUCGAUCUUGUCCCCCUGGAUGCGCUCGGAGUUCAUGUCUGAUGAGGAAUAUGACUUGCGGCCGGUGCUGCCCUCAGCAGAUGGAGCGACCGAGUCUUCACGUGCCAUGGCAGAACUGCUUCGAAGGCCGGAACAUCACUGGAAAGCCCUGUCACGGAAAGGAUCUCGUGCCUCGGCGUUGAGAAACCUGCCAGACCCUGUCCUGUUGGUGCAGCAAGCUUGUCGGAAGUUGGCCGAGGACCCUCCCGCCCCCGACGUGAAGAUCGCGGUGCGCGAUGCCAACGCCGACGCGGCGAACGCAGCGGAGAGCCCAGCGGUGAUGGAUGACUUCGAUGCCAAGCAUAGCAAAGUCUUGGAGAUUUUGCAGCAAGAUAGCCUUCUGAACCAGGAGCCAUUGGACUCCGUGAUCGAAGAAGAUGAGGAAGACUCAGGUUCCCCCCCAGAGGACGACGAGGAGGACGACGACGAGGACGACGAGGAGGAGGAGGACGAGGAGGACGACGAGGAGGAGGAGGAGAGGCCACAGGCACCGGCCGGCAACCGGCCCGGCCCGGUCACGCGGUAUAUAGGCCCGGCACAGGCCGGCACCGGCCGGCAACCGGCACCGGCCGGCAACCAGCCGGCCACCGGCUGCACCUUCAGACGUACGGCCCGGCACCGGCCGGCACCGGCCGGCAACCGGCACCGGCCGGCCGCCGGGUGCACCUUCAGACGUACGGCCGCAGGCAUCUUGGAGCUGCUGCAGGGUCGAUGUGCCAAGGUGCAUGUCACCGGCGGUUGGCUCCGGGAUCGUCUUCUGGAAACUCAGGAGCUGAACCCCAAAGCCCGGGUCUCAUGGCAACGCAUGCAGCGUUUGACCUGCAAUUCCAUGGGGGACAUCGACCUCGUGGUCUCUGAAACGUCGACGGAAGAUCUCUUUGAUUCUCUCCGCAGCGACCCGGCCUUUCGCAGCCUGCUGCGGAAAACGCCGCUGCUGGUGCCGCAGCGCGGCAAGCGCGCGCAGACGGUGAAACUCAUCUUCCCAGAGGCUUCAGUGGACAUCACCAGCCUGGCGGACAGGUGGAAGCAAAGCGAUUCCACAGGUGAGGAGGAGCUCUUAAGGGAAGAUAGUCAUCAUCGCGACACAACCUUCAAUUCGAUGUAUUUGGAGGUGGAGACCGAACAGGUGUUUGACCCCAGCGGUGGGGUGUCAGAUCUGUCUCGGGGUCUGGUGCGUUCGCCGCACCCGCUGGGCCCGGCGGCCUCCUUGCAGGAAGAUCCGGUGCGACUGCUGCGGCUGCUGCGCUUUGCUGCGCGCUACGACUUCCGCUUGGACACUGCGGUGGUGGAGGCCGCGGAGGAGCCAAAGGUGCACCAGGCCCUGGUGGAUCUCUUCAACGGCUUCCGCGGCCGCGUGCUCUUCGAGGUCAAGAAGGCCUUGUUGCUGCACAACCAGCCCUGGCGCUUCCUGGAAUUGUGCGGAGAAUGUCAGGUGGAAGAUCUGCUCUUCGGCCCCCUUGGAGCGCCCAGAGCCUGGCCCGGCGCAAUACGCAGCGCACGGCGCCUGGGACAGCUGCUGUUGUUUGGCCUGGACAGUGGCCAGAUCCAGGCCAAGUCUGAGCGUUUCCGGGGACGCCACGAGUCCAAAGGUAUGCCCGUCCCCUUGCUGAUGCCUGACUGGCGAAAACUUGGGGUUUGGGAAAACGACUGGCUGGAGCUGCUCUUGGCCGCUGUCUGUUGGUCCUUGGAGCCUCUGGCCGUGCGGCAACUGAUGCAGCACUUGCAGCUGUCGAAGCCCAUGGGUGGCCCAGCGGCAGUCCAAAAUCUAAAGACAGUACGAUUUCAUCCGCGCACCCGACGGCUUCGCCGCUUCGCGUUGCGGGACGUAUUGACCACCGUGCUGGAGCAGAAGGAGCGGUUGCUCAAACUCGCUGAACAGCAGAAGGCUGUUUGGCAGGACGCCCUGACAGAGGCCUUCAAUGCUUUGGAGUCCGCGCAAUCAGGCCAUUUACGGCCCAGCUCCAAACCCCCCGAUUUGCGGGGCGAAUCUUCGCCCAAGUCGCCCAAGUCUGCCAAGGUGGUCACCCUGGAAGAAGUGGAAGAAGUGGAAGAAGAUGAUGUACAAAGCGAAGCGUCUGAUGAGAUUCUGCCCAGUGCUGGUCCAGCGAUGAGCUCCGACUCGCCUGGAGGUACCAACAGCUCCGCUGCGGCUAGAACCAGGUCCACCAGGUCCAAGUUCUCGAAAGCGGCCACCAUGGCCAAGUUGCUGGACAUGGGAAAUCUCAACAUUGACAUCAUGCAACUGAUCCUUGCCGCCCAUCCAGAAAAACUCAAGAUGACUGCGGUGAAGAGCCAGUUCACAAUCAAGUUGCAGCUUGAGAUGGAGGGCUGGCAAGUGGCAGGGCAGAUUGGCAUGCCGGGAGCCAACUUUGAAGAAGUUCUUCCGGUUUUCCGAGUGGUGGAUAGCGUCUUCGUGUUCAUCUUCUUUGCUGAGUUGUUGCUGCGAGUCGCUCUGGAAAAAGGUAACUUUGUAAAAGAUUUGGCCAACUGGCUGGACACGGUGCUGGUGGUGGGUGGCCUAGUGGACAUCUUCGUCAGCAUGAAUGCACAGUCCGAAGACGUGGCUACCUUGCGCUUCGUCACGGCUCUCAAGGCCUUUCGUGCCAUUCGGAUGGUGCGCAGUUUUCGCUUCUUCCGCGGCCUUCGUUCAUUGGUGAAGGCAUGUCAGUGUUGUCUGCCCUCCUUGUGUUGGUCGAUGGUGUUAUUGGCCGUGUUCCUGUGCAUGGGUGGCUUGAUCAUGGGCAAUUUGCUCCAGGAUUUCAUCAAAGAUGAAAGCCAGAGCAUGGAGGAUCGCCAAUGGGUUUGGCAACAUUACGGUACUUGCUAUCGCGCAACCUACACGCUUUAUGAAAUGACCUUUGCUGGAAAUUGGCCGGUGAAUGCGCGGCCUAUUUUAGAAAAGGUGAGUCACGCCUUUGUGAUCUUCUACUUUCUGUACAUCACCAUCAUUGUCUUUGCGGUGAUUCGAGUCAUUUCGGCAAUUUUUUUGAAGGACACCUUAGAUGAAGCCCACAACGAUGCCCAGCAGAUGGUCUUGGAUCGGCUGAAGAAGAAGGCGGACUACGUCCAACGCUUGGAGGGACUCUUCCGAACCAUCGAUGAAUCGGGGCAAGGCAUGAUUACCGAGACACGGCUUCAAGAGAUGCUCGACAAUCCAAAGGUGAAGGCCUAUUUGCAGACUUUGGAAAUCGACGUGCACGAGGGCCAUGCGCUAUUCCAUCUGCUUGACAAUGGUGACGGAGAGGUGACUUUGGAAGAAUUUACUGGCGGACUUAUGCGGUGCAAAGGACCCGCCCGUGCCAUCGAUGCAGUGGCUUUGCAUUCCGAUCUGCGACAGUUGGAUGCGAAGGUGAGCAAAGUGAUUCACCACCUGAAGGAAGCCCGCCUCAUCAGGAGCAAGUCCAAGUCGGAGAAACUGGUUGCCAGGAGCCAGGCGGAACACAUGAAGGUCUUCCGUUUGGAUCCCGCAGAAGAGUUGAAGUUUCAACAACAGGUGGCCCUGGGCCUGUGGAAUUCUGGCGGAACCGACGACGAGGACGACGAGGAGGAGGAGGAGAGGAGGACGAGGCAGGAGGAGGCGGAGGAGGAGGAGAAGGAGGAGGAGAAGGAGGAGGAGAAGGAGGAGAAGGAGGAGGAGGAGGUUACGGCUGCUUGGUGUUGCCGCAAGCAGUUUCUUCUCACCUUCACCUGUUUGUAUCUUCAUAUGCGUCGCACUCCCAUGCGCACACGCAAUAUCGACAUCAUCUCCCUGCAGGUCAAAGAACACUUUAAAACCACCGCUCGGCUGGGCCCGCGGGAAUCCGGCGCCGAAUCUCAGGACCACCUGGCUAAGCCAGUGGUGUCAGCGAAGAAGAUGAUUCCCUAUGGCCAGAUGGAGGAGCUCUUGAAGGCGACGCAGCUGGAGAUGACGCGUCUCUUGCAAGUCUGUGAGGAACAGAGGAUGGCCCUGGGGGCAGAGCUGUUGAACGCCAAUCAGCGCCUUCAAGCCCUGAAGACUAUGGAGACCGUGUCCGAAUGCACCGACGAAGAAAAAGGCUCGGGCGCCUUUGGUGCCUCGAAGAGCAUGCAGGACGACGAGGAUGACGAGCCCAGAUCAGAACCCAGCCAGCAGGGCUUUCUGAUCCACUCCACCACGAAGCCGUCUUCGAUGGCAGAGAUGUGCGAUGACAAGCCUCCCUCCAUGGAACCAUCGGCGGCGCAGGCCCCAAAGCGUCCGUCCACCCGCUCGGAGCGCGACGCGAAGUCGAAGUCGGAGCGCCCACGCAGACCCAGCGACCGCGGCAGGUCGCCAAAGGAGUCGCCCCAGGUGACCAAGUCUCCGUCCAACAUCUCGCAGAAUUCGAACAUGUCGGACGUGAACUCGGACUACUCGGCCUGCGAGUCCGCCUAUUCCGAUGGCAGCUACGCCUCCUGCACGUUUGAAGCGGAUUGGGACGACGAUAACGACAAGCGCAAAAGGCAUCCUUUUGAACGAAGAGCAGCCUCUGAAAGCGUCAACCAGCUUCAGGGCCAAAGUCACGAAGAAGGAGCCUUGGUGUUGAUGAACUCCUUCUCCAUGAUGAUCCAACUAGAGAUGGAGGGCCGCACCAUUGCCUCAAACCUAGGCCUGCCACAGGGGCACAAUUACAGCGCUGCGUUGCCAACCUUUCGCGUGCUGGAUGAGGUCUUUGUGUGGGUCUUUCUGACGGAGCUCUUGCUUCGGAUGUUCGUGGAGGGGCGACAAUUUCUCAAGGAUAUUGCAAACUGGUUGGACGCUGUCCUGGUGAUUGCUGGCCUUUUUGAUGUGAUUCUGGCCAUGCUGGGUGGUGGCAACCAGGAUGGUGUCAUGUUACGCUUCGUCUCGGCCAUGAAAGCCUUUCGCGCAAUCCGUAUGGUGCGAAGCUUUCGCUUUUCUCCUGGCCUGCGGAUGCUGGUCAAGGCUUGCCAAUGCUGCUUGCCAUCGCUAUGCUGGUCCAUGUUGCUAUUGGCCGUCUUUAUGUGCAUGGGUGCACUGAUCAUGGGAAAUUUGCUGCAAGAUUUUAUCAAAGAUGACACCAACACAAUGGAGGACAGAGAAUGGGUGUGGGCGCGCUACGGCACCACGUAUCGAGCCAUGUACACCCUGUAUGAAAUCACUUUCGCAGGUAAUUGGCCCACGAACGCGCGACCUGUUUUAGACAAGGUCAGCCAGAUGUUCGUGAUCUUUUAUUUGCUCUAUGUAACAAUCAUCGUCUUCGCGGUCAUCCGUGUGAUUUCGGCCAUUUUUCUCAAGGACACAUUGGACGAGGCGAACAACGAUGCCCAGCAGUUGGUCUUGGACAGGAUGCGCAAGAAGGCGGAAUAUGUGGAACGCUUGGAAACCACCUUCCAUUCCAUUGACAAUUCUGAAGAUGGAGUCCUCACUGAAUCGCGACUCACAGAGAUCUUGGCCAAUCCGAAAGUGAAAGCGUAUUUCGCGACCCUCGAGAUUGACGUGCAAGAGGGCGCUGCCUUGUUCCACUUGUUAGACAACGGGGAUGGAGAGGUCACGUUAGACGAGUUCAUUUCCGGGGUGAUGCGUUGUAAGGGCCCGGCAAAGGCCAUCGACACCUUUGCCCUGCAACGGGACUUGGGAAAAUUAGACCACAAGGUUGCAGCUCUCCUCAAGAAACUCGAGACGCCAACCUUAGCCACUACCCCUAUCAUUCCUUUGUCUACAUCACUGCCAGCGACUUUUGGACAAGAAACGUUGCCAAAGGCGCACACGAGUUUCCAACAGCCAUCUGAGCCGUUGAUGAAGAGCUCGGAGCGGCAAGAGCGGAAAGUCAAAACCACUGCCGUGAUCAGCAACAUCAGUGGUAAGGGCUCACCUUUGUUGCCGGCAAGUGGAGCAAGCAGCUGGAGCGAGAGGAAGGUGAGUGUGUGA